ACAACAACAACAACACGCUUCACCAUCUUGUAUACUUCCGUCAAUUUUCUCGUAAAACAGUUUAUUUCUCCUCCUCCUGGACAUUACAGCAAGUGUUUGAUACUGUGAUGUUACAUCUCAAGACCAAGUGUAACUAAGAAGAAGUUCACAAUGUCAAGCAGAGAUAAAAAGUUCUCCUGUGAGGAAUGUGGCAAACGGUUUUGGUUGAAGUCUACUCUUCAGACACAUUUGCUUGUGCACAAUGGUAUGAAGGAGUUUGAAUGUGAGGAAUGUGGGAAACAUUUUGCACUGAAGUGUAAUCUCAAGACACACAUUCUUGGACACAGUGGUAUAAAGAAGUAUAAAUGUGAGGAAUGUGGGAAAAAUUUUGCACAAAAGAGUACUCUCGAGACACACAUUCUUGUACACAGUGGUAUAAAGGAGUUUGAAUGUGAGGAAUGUGGGAAAUGUUUCUCCCAGAAGGGUACUCUCAAGAGACAUAUUAUUGGACACAGUGGUAUAAAGAAGUUUGAAUGUGAGGAAUGUGGGAAGCAUUUUGCACUAAAGGGUAAUCUGAAGACACACAUUGUUGGACACAGUGGUGUAAAGAAAUUUAAAUGUGAGGAAUGUGGGAAAUGUUUCUCCCGGAAGGGUACUCUCAAGAGACACAUUCUUGGACACAUUGGUAUAAAGGAGUUUGAAUGUGAGGAAUUGGAAUACGAGAGUUUGAAUGUGAGGAAUGUGGGAAAUGUUUCUCCCGGAAGGGUGCUCUCAACAGACACAUUCUUGGACACAGUGGAAUGUGGGAAACAUUUUGCAGAAAAGGGUACUCUCAAGAUACACAUUCUUGGACACAGUGGUAUUAAAAAGUUUGAAUGUGAGGAAUGUGGGAAACAUUUUGCAAGAGAGGGUGUUCUCAAGGCACACAAAUUCUUACACAGUGGUAUCAAGAAGUUCAGAUGUGAUGAAUGUGGGUUACAUUUUGCAAAAAAAGGUGAUCUGAAUAAACACAAACUUGUGCAUAGUGGUGUAAAAAAGUUCAAAUGUGAUGAAUGUGGGAAAUAUUUUGCAAAUAAAGGUGAUCUGACUAGACACAAACUUAUGCACAGUGGUGUAAAAAAGUUCAAAUGUGAGGAAUGUGGGAAACAUUUUACACGUAAGAGUACUCUCAAGACACACAUUCUUGGACACUGUGGUAUAAAAGAGUUUAAAUGUGAGGAAUGUGGGAAAUGUUUCUCACGGAACAGUCAGCUCCAGACACACAUUUUUGGACACAGAGGUAUAAAGGACUUUAAAUGUGAGAAAUGUGGAAUGUGUUUCUCACAGAAGGGUACUUUCCAAACACACAUUCUUGGACACAUUGGCAUAAAAGAGUUUAAAUGUGAGGAAUGUGGGAAAUGUUUUUCUCGGAAGAGUUAUCUCAAGAAACACAUUCUGGGACACAGUGGCAUAAAAGAGUUUGAAUGUGAGGAAUGUGGGAAAUGUUUCUCACAGAAGGGUACUCUGCAAACACACAUUCUUGGACACAGUGGCAUAAAAGAAUUCAAAUGUGAGGAAUGUGGGAAAUGUUUUUCAA